AUGCAUCCAUUCACUCCGUUCUUCGUUAUUGCGGCCAUUGUAGCCAUUGCUAUUCGUUGGAUGAACAAAACUGACAUCCCUAAAAUUAAAAACUUGCCCGAGCUCCCUGGAGUGCCACUAUUUGGUAGUCUGUUUCUUCUUGGAAAGCAUCAUGCACGAAACUGUGCCAGACUUGCCAAAACCUAUGGAGAUGUUUUCCAAGUUCGCCUCGGGAACCGACGGUUUAUAUACGCUAACUCCUUUGAUGGAGUUAAGGAGCUGUGGAUUAAAAACCAGGCUGCUCUCAUCUCUCGACCAACCUUUUGGACUUUCCAUAAUGUGGUCUCGAAAACGCAAGGUGUCUACACACUUGGGACGUCGCCAUGGAACGAAUCAGUAAAGCGAGCUCGGAAGGCUGCCGCGACGGCACUCAACCGGCAAGCUGUUCAGACCUACCUCCCAUUCAUUGAUCUGGAGUCUACUACUAGUAUCAAUGAGCUGGUACAGAAUAUCAAGAAUGGUUAUGAUGUUGAUCCCAAUGGCUAUUUCCAACGGUUCUCUCUUAACAUCAGUCUUACACUAUGUUAUGGCAUCCGAAUUGAUGGGACCGUUCGUGACCACACGUUGAAUGAGGUCGUCCAAGUCGAAAGAGAGCUUGGGAAUAUCCGUGGGAUUGCUCAUAACUGGCAGGACUAUGUACCAUUGCUACGAUUAUGGCCUGGCUUCAAAACUAAUGCCAUAAAGUUCCGCUCUAGGAGGGAUGAGUACAUUUUGGAUUUCUAUGAGCAAUUGAAACAGCGAAUUGCAGCCGGGACCGAUAAUCCCUGCAUUGCUGGCAACGUUUUAAAAAAUCCUGAAGCAAAGCUUGAAGACAAUGAAUUGAAAUCCAUUUGCCUUACCAUGGUUGCUGCCGGCCUGGAUACUCUCCCGGGGAAUAUCAAUAUGACAAUAGCUUAUCUAUCCUCCCCUCAUGGCCAGGAAAUACAAGAUCACAUGUAUGAAGAAAUCCUGAAAGCUUACCCGAACGAAGAUCCCUGGGAUGCUUGUUUGACUGAAGAACGGUGUGAGUUUGUGGUAUCAUUUAUCAAGGAAGUACUUCGAUUUUGGUCUACGCUCAACCUAUCCUUUAACCGACAGAGUAUCAGAGAUAUUACGUAUAAAGGAGCUGUUAUUCCUGCUGGAACACCUUUCUUAAUGAAUAUGUGGGCUGCAAAUCAUGAUCCUAAACAAUUUCAUCACCCUAUGGACUUCAUCCCUGAUCGCUUUGUUGGGGUCUCUGAAGCUGGGCAGGGCACUCAGCAUUACGGAUAUGGUGCUGGUACUCGGAUGUGUGCAGGUGCUCACUUGGCUAAUCGCGAGCUUUACGCCAUCUUCAUCCGUUUGGUACUAGCAUUCCAUAUUCGUGAGACUACACACGUAAAGGAUAGGCCGAUCUUGGAUACCAUCGAAUGUAACUCUGUGCCUACAAGCAUGGUGACUCAGCCGAAGCCAUUCAAGGUGAGGUUUAUUCCUCGGAAUCAACAGCAAUUAGAAAAAUGGAUUGCAAGCAGUAAAGAGAAGACUGCAUACCUUUGA